AUGUUGGCAAAGACUCGAUUUUUAUUCAAUUGUUGCGACGAUGUGCCGAAAAGGCUAUGCUGGGCUCGUGGAAUUCGUAGAGAGUGGGCGCGAGAUAAUAUAGACGGUCGCAGAAUCAUCGUGAGGCUCGUGGUUGCAAACUUGAAGCAACGCAGAGGUGGCGACGUCAUAGCAUUUCGUAACACGUGUACUGUAAAAGCGAACGGGGGCCAAAAAGACGAUGUACCAAAUAUUCUUAAAGCCUUCGAAGAAUGUGGCAAAAGCGGCACUAUAGUCUUCCCAGAGGAUCAAAAUUAUUGGAUAGCGCAGCGUUUAAACCCCAUAGUCAACGAUGUAGAAAUUGAAUGGCGGGGGCAAUGGACCUUCUCUGACAACCUAACCUACUGGCGCCAAAACUCCUUCCUUAUCCCCUUCCAAAACCACCGCGCCGGCUUCAUCCUCACCGGCACACGCAUCCGUAUCAACGGGCACUCUACCGGCUCGAUCCACGGCAACGGUGACGUCUGGUACACAGCCGAAGCUGGAAAAACGCAAGAAGGCCGACCGAUGCCCUUUGUAUUCUGGAAUGUCUCGUCCGUCUCCGUGUCUAACCUUGCAAUCAAAGAUCCCCAACUCUGGGCAAUAAAUAUAAUGAACGGAACAAACAUGUCAUUCGAGAAUAUGCUCGUCAAUGCCACUGCAACAAAGGCUCCAUACGGAGCAAACUGGGUGCAAAACACUGACGGCUUUGACACUAUGGAUGCGCACAACAUUACUCUAACAAACUUCUGGUACCAAGGCGGCGACGACUGCAUAGCCAUAAAACCGCGCUCAUACGACAUUGUCGCUCGUAAUAUAACCUGCCACGGGGGAAACGGCAUCGCUAUUGGUUCUCUAGGCCAAUAUCUCGAAGACUCCAGCGUCGAAAACGUUCUCAUAGACGACGUAAACAUCAUCCGCUAUAACGAAGACAUGCAUAACUGCGCCUACAUAAAAACCUGGAUCGGGUACCAAGUCUUGCAAUCAUCAUACGAGAGUGCUGGAAAGCCGAAUGGAGGCGGCUGGGGCAAUGUGUCGCACAUCACGUUUUCGAAUUUCAGAGUCCAGGGCGCGGAUUCUCCCCCAGCGAUCACACAGGAUAAUGGCAAUAAUGGGAGUUUUUCGGGUACGAGUAAGAUGCUAGUUAGCGAUAUUAAGUAUGUUAAUUUCACGGGUUGGCUGAACAAGAAGUCGACGGAGGGGAGUGUGAGUUGUAGUACGGUGAAUCCGUGUUAUGGUAUUUCUUUUGAGAAUGUACAUUUGACGAAUGGGGUUAAUGGGACGGAAAAUGCGAGUGGGAGCUGUAAGUAUAUUAAGCCGGGCGGAGUGCAUGGACUUUCUGGGAGUGGAUGUUAG